AUGUUAAACACGAAGCAUAAUACAGCAUGGGCAGUUCGUGUGUGGAAAGAGUGGACGGACGAAAGGAAUAGUAAAGCACAAGCCAACGAGAAUGUCGAGUCGGAUAUUUGUAAAGUCAGUGAUGUAGAACUUACUAUAGGCAUUAGUUACCGAAAUUUGUUGUCGAAGGGGAAUGCUAUCCGCCUAAUUACUCUGUAUCUGUUGUGUUGUGCUUUGCUACGAUAUCUAAGAAAUAAUGGUUGUCCAGCUUUAAAUUUCUUCGAAGAUCCUACUUUUAAACAUUUUCAUUUUCAGGACUCGAUUGAUGCAGAAAUGAAGCGCCUAACAGGGCAGGGUAUUGGUGGAAACGUUAAACAAGCUCAAGCCUUUUCUGAAGCUGAUGAGGAUAAACUCUGGACUUCUAAGCUCCUAGGGGAUCAUACAGCAAGUGUGUUAUUAAACACAAUGGUGUUUCUAAUAAGAAAAAACUUUGCACUUCGAAGUGGUAGAGAGCACCGUCUUCUAAAGUUCAGCCAAUUGACACUGGAGCCGGCAUCUGGCACGGAACCUGAGAAAUUGGUGUACGUUUCUUUCGGGGAGAAAUCGCAAUAUGAAGCGAAAGCGUGUGCAACAUUAUAUAAAUGA